UUUAUUCACGAUUUGUAACGCUUAUACGGCUAUAGUGCUUGUACAGUUACCUGUCAAUAUGGCUACUGAACGGACGUUGGAGACACGCGACGUCACGAAAAUCGCGAACAGUUUAACGAAACCAGAAAGGAUUUUAUUGUUCAGUGGCAAGAGGAAAUCUGGAAAGGAUUAUAUCACCGAUAUCCUAUACAACAGGAUUGGUUCGCAAAGGAGCACAAUUAUACGCCUAUCGGGACCUAUAAAAACGCAUUGGGCCAAAUCUCGGGGUCUCGACAUCGAUCAAUUACUGGGACAUGGAGAAUACAAGGAGAAGUAUCGGCUCGAAAUGGCCAAGUGGGGCGAGGAUAUGAGAAGGAAGGACUAUGGCUACUUCUGUCACGCCGCCCUCGACAUGUAUAAUGUAUGGGACAAGCCGGUGUGGAUAGUAAGCGAUGUCAGGAGAAAAACUGAUAUCAAGUGGUUCAGAGAAAAUUUCGGGGAUACUUGCAAAACUAUACGUGUAAUUUGCUCCGAGGAGAUCAGACGGAAACGUGGCUGGGUUUAUACAGCAGGCAUAGACGAUUCGGAAACGGAGUGCGAUUUGGAUGAUGUGAGCAAUUGGGACCUUAUGUUGGAAAAUAACGAUGACAGCGACAUAGAUGCUAUAUUACAACAACUCCUAAGUUUUGUCAGCUAGCAGAAAAUUUUCUUUUUUUAUAUUAAAUACUUAAUAAAUGGCGUUUCGCAAUAUAA